GAGCAGAGACCCGGACUGAACCACAACAGAACCACAAUGUACUUCCACCUCAGCCCCGACACUCAGGGGGUUCUGCUGGCCACUCUGCUGCUCGUCUGCAUCCCACCAGUUCAUCUGGCCAAAUGUCCACAGCCGUGUGUCUGUGACCAGAUCCAGCUCACUGUCGCCUGCGUCAACAAGAACCUGACCAAAGUUCCUCCAACAGUUGAUGAGAUCACAGUGAAGCUGGACCUUCGAAGCAACAACAUCCAGGAGCUCCCCACAGGUGCGUUCAGACACACCCCCUACCUGACUCACCUGUCGUUGCAGCGCUGUAACAUUCACAAGGUGAAGGAGGGAGCUUUUCGUGGCCUCGGGCGCCUCGUCUUCCUCAACUUGGCAAACAACAACAUCGAGAUACUCUACCAGGAAUCGUUAGACGGCUUGUCCUCGCUAAAGCAGCUCAUGAUUGACCGGAACCGUGUGGAGGAGAUCCAGCCGGGAGCGUUCUCUCAGCUCGGCUUCCUCAACCUGCUCUCGCUCACACACAAUCAGCUGGUCUACAUCCCAAACAUGGCUUUUCAGGGUUUACAGAACAUCAAGUGGCUUCGGCUGAGUUACAACUCUUUAAACUACCUGGACACAGAAGCAUUUGCUGGCCUCUUCACGCUUACCCGUCUCAGUCUGGACCACAAUGAGCUGCAAUUCUUCCCCACUGAGACCAUGACCAGACUGCCUGAAGUGACCCGCUUGGACCUGAGCUACAACCCCAUGACGUACCUGGGGGAAGAGGCGGUGUCCAUGGCUAAACUGACCCACCUAUUCCUGGAUCAUAUGUCCCUGCAGGACCUGACCAACACCGCUAUAUCAAAAUCACCCAGCCUUACUCGCCUGGAUCUCAGCCACAACCAGCUGCGUGUCAUCCAGCCUUUCUCCGUCGAUUCGCCCAAACUCACUCACCUCAAUCUGUCCGGCAACCCCAUCUACUGCAACUGCUACCUGCGCCCACUCAGGGAGUGGGCAAUCCAUAAUAAGGUGAAGUUGAUUGGGACAUGCGGCGGACCGGCACUUUUCUCUGGAGAGAGCCUAGAGACCAUCCAACCCCCAGACAUGCGCUGUCAGAGCCAGGAAGCCAUGCUGAAGGCGGAGUUUGAGGAAGCAAGCAGGCUUACGCCACCAACAGAAGAGCCAGAAAAUAAAAAGAUCCAGUGUCCUGCCAACUGUGUUUGCGAGGCUGAGACCAAACACUCCUCAUGUGAGAAUCGCGGUCAUACCAAAGUUCCUCGAGGUUUUUCUCCCAGCACUCGCCUCCUUGACCUACGAGGCAACCACUUCCAUUACAUCCCCAGCAAUAGUUUUCUUGGUGCCACCAACAUUGUGUCCCUGCACCUGCAGCAUUGCAAGAUUGUGGAAUUGGAGGGCGGAGCUUUCAAUGGGAUGAAGGGAUUGAUCUACCUGUACCUGUCGGAGAAUGAACUUAGUACCCUACACCCUGAUGCCUUUAAAGGUCUCCCUCAGCUGACUUACAUCCACCUGGAGAAAAACCGCUUCACUGCUUUCCCCAAAGGAGCCUUCAAACUGCUGCCAAGCCUUCUAGCACUUCACUUGGAGAACAACUCCAUUGCCAAACUGGAACCGGAGAUCUUGACUGGAGCCGGAGGUCUUAGAAGCCUCUACCUCACAGCGAACACCAUCAAUCACGUGUCGCCGCAAGCUCUGAACCAGGCAAGCAACCUGGAUACACUCCACCUGGGAGGAAAUAAACUGAAGGUGGUGCCCACGGAGGCACUAAGUAAGGCGGAAAACCUCAGAGACCUGAGGCUGUCGAGGAACCCCAUUCUCUGGGUGGGACCAAAUGCUUUUCAACCUUUAGACAGAUCACUGAAAGAGCUUUAUCUGGAUCACAUGGGACUGGAGAAGAUGUCCCAGAAUUCUCUGGCAGGUCUUGGUCCACGAUUGAGGAGUCUGUUUCUGGAGGGGAACAAGCUAGAGGAGGUGCCUGACCUCCACCCCUUCACCUCGCUGGAGGUCAUCAACCUGGCCGACAAUCCUUUGAUGUGUGACUGCCCCCUGCUGCCACUACGCAUGUGGAUCGAGAAAGUCAACCUGAAGGUGCGAGCCACCUGCGGCAACCCUCCUGAGCUCAAAGGUCGCCGGGUCAAAGACGUCCAUGUGUUCAAGGCCUGCCCAGGAGGCGAGAGCCUCCCUUCCUCUCCUACAGUCACCCUGAAGCACUCCAAACCACCCAAGGCAUCCAAACCCAAACCGACUCACCUCAACGGCCUUCAGCACAUCAAAAUGCUCAAAGGCAAAUUCAAACUCCGUAAGAGUCCCAACCAAAAACCAGCAAAGAAAUCUGCAAAGACACGCAGCGUAGGUUAGACCUGCUGGAUUCAGGACUUUGAGUGAACACUGCUCUCAUGGACCGACCCUGAACCAUGAAUGCUGUGCUCCAUUUUACCUCCUGCCUUCUACAACUACAGACAAGCUUUAAAACGCUGAAAUCGUCAA